AGACGCAGAGAGAGCAGAUGGAUAGAGUAACAAGAAGGGAUGGAAAGGAAGACUGAAUUUUAAGGACUGUUUAUUCUUGUAGAAUAGAAAAAGCUGGUGAGACAAUGACAGCACAAGAGAUGUAUACAGCAGAUCAAUUCAUCAACAAAGAGAUAUAAAUGAAGGGAGAGUGACUUGAGGAUUGUACCAGAAGAGGGAUAGUGAGGGACUGCGUCAGAAAGUUUUGCAGUGACCCUCCAGAACACCUUUCCACUCUUGGCAGCGGACGACCACCAUCCUCCUCUCAGUGCACACAACAGAGGCCCUCCGGGGCCUCCCACUAUGAGGUUGCAACCAUGAUGGGCUUUACGGUAGAGUAUGUGGAAAUCGAUCCAGUCACUUUGAACCUCUGCAUCCUGAUUGCCAGCUACGUUAUCUUGCUGAUGGUCUUUCUGAUAUCAUGUAUACUCUACGACUGCCAGGGCAAAGAUCCCACGAAGGAGUACGCCCCGGACCCUGUAGCGCCACACAGCACAACGCCGGUCAGGCUGGUGGUCAUGCAGAGCUCGCCAGCCGCCACGCACUGGGACCAGACUAAAAUGGUCAUGUCAUAUGAGACGACCUGUGUCGACCAGUGGGAGAAGAAAAGUACUUUGGUCUGAGGGGGACAGGAACGGGCAGGAUCGCUUUUUAAUUUUUUUUUUAUUUUAUUAUUAUCUUUUUUUCUCCUCUGUAACCUGCCUGUCGCACUGUUGGAUAAACUUUUGUACAUAUUUUUUUUAAGAAAAAAGGAAAAAAAUCCAUAUUCUGUCUAUUUUUUAUACACGGUUUUUGAAUUUUGUUUCUUGAAAAACAAUGUUUGGAAUUGACCUGCGGAGGACAAGAUGGAAACGGUUUAUGAACAGCCGAGCUGCAGCCAACUGCCGAUAUCAGCCCACCUGCUAUGAGCAUGCUGCUAACUGCUACACACACGCGUUCCUCAUUGUCCCAGCAUUCGUUGGCAUGGCCUUGCUGCACCGUCUCUCUGACGACCGCUGGGAGAAGAUUACCGCCUGGGUGUAUGGCAUGGGCCUGUGUGCACUCUUCUUGGUCUCCACCGUCUUUCACAUCAUCUCAUGGAAGAAGAGCCACAUGAGGUCGGUGGAGCACUGUUUCCACAUGUGUGACCGCGUAGUUAUCUACUUCUUCAUCGCUGCCUCCUACACACCCUGGUUGAAUCUGCGUGAGCUGGGCCCUCUGGCGAGUCACAUGAGGUGGUUUGUGUGGUUGAUGGCCGCCGCAGGGACUAUUUAUGUGUUCAACUAUCAUGAGAAGUAUAAACUGGUUGAACUAGCCUUUUACCUAACAAUGGGAUUUUUUCCUGCUUUGGUUGUGACCUCAAUGAACAACACCGAGGGUCUGCAUGAGCUGGCUUGCGGUGGCCUCAUCUACUGCCUGGGGGUGUUCUUCUUCAAGUCGGACGGGGUGAUACCAUUCGCCCAUGCCAUCUGGCACGUGUUUGUGGCACUGGCUGCAGCCGUGCACUACUACGCCAUCUGGAAAUACCUCUACCGGACCCCUGGGCCAGACGAAAUCAGGGAGGCCUAAUGGCCCAUCACUCGUCUCUGCCUCCAUCUCCUCUUCCUUCUCCUCUUUUCCCUUCUUUCUCCUCUUGGCUUGUCUUACCUCUCUAUGGCCUCUUCUGCUCCUGCUUCUGCACCUCCACCUGUUCUCCACUCACUAGCAGGCAGAUCAUGACCAUUCACACACACACACACACACACACACACACACACACAAGACUCCUCUGCUCCUCCCCACCGGGCCAGACUCUGCAGAAGAAAACAAAAUUGACAGAAAACCACAAUAAUAACAACAACAGCAGCGGCAAAAGUUUACGAGUACAACUGUGUAUUGUUUACCAUUUUUGAAGCAACUGGAAAACAGCACUCACACAUUUCAGCCAUUGAGAGGAUCACAUUUCUUUCCUUUUUUGAAUUCUAAAGCUCAUGUCUGUCUCGGUAUGAGAAGGAGAGGAAACUCCUUUUCUGCUUUCAAAAUGCUCAAUCCUACUUGGGAAACGGCAGUAUAUAGUCCAUGUUCUUUGAAGCUCUUUGAUAUCACACCUUUCUAUUACAAAACAUUCCACAGCAAAUGUCACACACAGGGAUUUUUAUCAAACAUUUUCUAGUCCUCACUCAAGACCAACACUGGAAGUUUGGUCAUGAGCUCCAUGUCAUUCUAGCAGUCACGCUUUUAUUCACACAAUACAUAUCCACUGAGGAUCACUCACUUCGACAUUUUAGCUCUUUGGUGCGUUUUUUGUACGGUGGUGUUGUCUGUACUCUCAAGCAGUAUUUGAAAGUGCUGACUUUCAUAUUUUUUUCCAAGGCGCUUUUGUAAUGCGAAGAACCACUUAUAUUUGAUAUCUUUGACUUUUGUUGAGUAUCUCUCGCCGUUGAGCAGCUUGUAAUGUUUCAAAGGCCCCAGAGUAAUCGUGUUGAAUGUGAUUUCUUUUUUUUUUUUUUUUUUUUUUUAACUAACCGAUAUCGGAAUGCUAUCAUUCAGUGACUGGCUGUGCCCUGUGAUGCUUUUUUUGUGGAGUGAAAACAAGAGUAUCAUUGAAGCUGAUCAAAAAGUGUACAUUUUCUAUCGUUAGUGUUUCGAUAUUUACACUAAUCAGUGAUCAAACAUUUGCUGCCACUCCCGCAUUAUUUAUGCUUUUUGUCAGUACAUACUCACCACUCAGCUGAGAAAUGUAUGCUUAAAAGUCACAGCGACGCAGAGCUCAGUGCUUUUAAACCAGACCUCAUUCAAGGACAGACUUGCUUGGCUUGUGUAUGACUCAUGAUGAAGUCUCAUGUGGAAGCAGAAUCAAAUCUAGAAGAAAGGACUUGGAAUGAGAGAACCAUAUUCAGCACUGUAUCAUCUGCCUAUUUAUUUUCAGCUGAAUAGAAAAGAAAUGUUUUCAGUAGACCCACAUGAUCAUACUGUGCUGUGCUGGACUCUUAUGGACUCCUAUCUGCAGUAUGGGAUUCAUCAGCCAUGCUGUGAGGGGGACUGAAUCACCAGAUGUGGCCAGUGUUCUCAAAUAUCACAUAGUUUUAACUUGCCCUUAAACGCGGAAGGUACACAUCCAGAUUCUGGUAUUUCUGACCAGACCUUCGUGGGGUACCUACACGUGUGGCCAGUGUGAUCAAUACUCACGUGUUUUAAAUCGCAUGGUGGUUGGUAAAUGUGUGCUUUUAUCUGGUUUCACUCUUCUUUUCUUCUUCUUCUGUGAACAUGUGAGAACCAAGGGUUGAUGAUUCUAAUUUUGAUAAAUGUGAGUAUUCAAACCACCCAAUUCCCAGUUUUGUAAUAUUUGUACAUUCUGUUUUGGCACAUAAUUCUGUACUGGCCUUUUGAAAAACAAAAAGUAAAAAAAAAAGAUCUUCUAAUGCUACUUCUCUAUUUUAAGUAACCUUUUGGUGUUCUGGUGCUGUAUAUAAACAUUUGUGUCUGAUUCUUAAAAAGAUUUCAUAUGUGUUAAUACAAAAAUAAAGCCUUGUUUGACAUCAGUCAUAUAACAAUGCCAUAAUCAAAUUGUGAAAUAUUAAAUGUAGACCUGUUCAUGUUUUAUCA